AUGCGCCGCACCGGACUGUUAAGCCCCGCCCCUUUCUCACGCUUUCGUUUCUCGCGCUUUUGUUUCUCGCGUUUUCGUCUCUCGCGCUUUACAGUUUCUCGCGCUUUCGUAGAUCAAAACAAGCGGCGGCUUCUUUUGGAUUCUCGGGGAACAGUCCUUUUUUCGCACACGUACCAGAACAGAACGCGGACAAAAUCGAACUGUUACAAGUUCGAACUGGUAAGGAGUCGAACUGUCCCAAAUUGGAACGCUGUUUUGUGUGUGCUUUCAUGCGCGCUCUGUUGCAGGCAGCGUUCCAAUUUGGGACAGUUCGACUCCUUACCAGUUCGAACUUGUAACAGUUCGAUUCUGUCCGCGUUCUGUUCUGGUCUGUUCGAAUUUGAAAACGUUCGAAUUCGUCGUACCCCCGGAUUCUCAGGCGCUAAUUCUUUUUUGAAAGUUCGACAAAACACAUGCGAAUCGAGUAAGUGCUCAGUUUGUUUCGUCUCCUCAAUAUCCUCCCUUUGUCAUCGGUUCACUGAAGAUGUUAAGGGUGAGCAAUGUUCCGGCCUAAUCAUGAGCAUGCAAUACGGGAAUUCUGGUGGAGGAGACGGUUACCGAAGUAAUUACAGCGAGGGCUUCAAUCGCCGCGAUGAACGUCGUGAUGACCGAGAUGGCGGCGGCCGUCAGGAUCCGAAAAACGACAGCGGUUCAGGCUAUGACCGUGGAGCCGGUGGCCAAUAUCAAAGUCGCGGCGGACAAGGUCACUUCCAGGAUCGUGGCCAAGAUCAUGGACAGUCCCAUCAUCAGGAUCGUGGAUCAGGAUAUAACCAAAAUCGUUCACAGGGCGAUAAUCAGGAUCGUGGAUCAGGAUAUCACCAAAAUCGUUCACAGGGCGAUAAUCAGGAUCGUGGAUCAGGAAAUUAUCGAAAUCGUGUGCAGGGCCAGAAUCAGGAUCGCGGAUCCAGCCAGUAUCAGGAUCGCGGACAGUCCCAGCACCAGGAUUACGAUCGUCAACGCUCCAACGCAAACAGCUCCGGAAACUAUGGACGUCAAGACGAUCGCCACGGUCGUCCAGAUGAUCGCAACGGUCGCCAAGAUGAUCGUCACGGUCGUCCUGAUGAUCGCACUGGUCGUCCUGAUGAUCGCCAUGGUCGUCCUGAUGAUCGCCAUAGUCGUCCUGAUGAUCGCCAUGGUCGUCCUGAUGAUCGCCACGGUCGACCAGAUGAACGUCAGCAGUACGGAGGAAAUGGUUCCGGACGUGGAGAGUUUGGAAACCCUCAACGCGAUGGUGGUAACCGAGGAGGGUAUUCGGACAAUCGCGGAGACGCUCGUUCAAGCCACCAAGGUUCCAACCAACGUGAUGAAAGAGAUCAAUAUCGGUCUUCAAACAGUAACCAAGGAGGAUACGGUGGCAGAAAUGGGGAUCGAUACGACCAGCAGGAUUCUCGACGCGGGCCAGACUCCCAUGGAUACAACAACUCCCGCAAUGAUUACGGAAAUUCCAGACACAACAAUGAUCGUAGCGGUUACAACGGUGGAAACGACUUUGAAAGAAACCGUGUCAACAGAGGAGUUGGUAGUUCCAAUGACCGGAAUGGUUCCGGCAACUUCGACUCCAACAACUACUCGCCCAACAAACGCUUCGAUAAUUCCGGAGGCUAUGAUGAUAUUGGCGGAGGGCGUGGAAGCUUCAGAAAUGACAAUGGAUUCGGGAAUGGAGAAAGAGGUGGUUCUGGUGGACGAUUCAACAAUGACAACGGAUUCGGAAAUGGAGAUAGAGGAGGCCGCUUCAACAAUGAAGGUAACGGUGGUAGGCAUUUUGACAACGAUGGUGGAUACACUGGCGGAGGAGAACUGCCGAAAAAAGAAGUUGCACCACGAGACUGGAUGCCAUCAUCUCGUGACAUCGAUGAACUGAUGAGAGACACUGCUGAGAAAGUUCAGGAAUGUCAGGUGUCUCAAGAUCAAGCUGUCGAAGUCAGAAACUCGCCAACAAUGGAUCGCCUCACCUCUUGGGAAGAUUCUCAUUUCCAUCCUAAAAUUCUGGACAACUUGCGAGCCAUCAAGUACACUGGAGUCCGUACGAUCCAGGCUGCAAUGAUUCCGCAAAUUUUGGCGGGAUACGAUGUUAUUGGACAAGCAGAGACGAGUGCAGGUAAAACAGCUGCAUUUGGACUGCCAAUCGUCGACUAUAUCCUGAAGAUGGACCAGAAUAUCCGAGAUGAGGGAUUUGGAACAUCUCCAAUUGCACUAGUCAUUGCACCUGUUCGUGAACUUGCCCAACAAAUCGUCGAGUCCUUCCGCCAGUAUGCAUGUGGAACUGACAUCAAAAUCCGCCUUGCCAUUGGACAGCAAAGUCGUGCUAGAUGCCUCGCUGACAUUCGGGAAGGUUGCGAUGUUGUGGUGGGAACUUCAGGUCGAUUGAUGGAUCUCAUCGGAAAAGGCGAGGUCUGCCUCGAUCAUCUCAAAUUCUUGGUGCUUGACGAAGCUGAUCGACUCCUUCAAGACGUAAAACAGGAUCCAUGUGGGCAUCUCGGCGCCAUCAUCAACGACCACGACUUCAUGAGAAAUGCUGAUAACCGUCAAACUCUUAUGACGUCCGCCACUUUCGACAACGCAGUUGAAGAAGUAGCCAAUAGGCUGAUGAAGAAAGUUGACGGACAGAACGAUCUCGUCAGAAUUGUCUUGGCCAGCGGAAGACUCAGCAACCGUGUCGAUCUUCACUUCCAUGAGGCUGGUGGUGCCGCGAAGCACGAUACACUCAAGAAAAUUCUUCUUGAUACAAAUGAGCGGGGAGAAAUUCCCAAAACCCUGAUCUUCGUCCAGAAGAAAGCGUCUUGCGAUUUCCUCGCAUCGAAGAUCCAAAUGAUCGGACAGAAACUGGAAAAGGAUUUCGGUGUUCAAACUCUCCAUGGUGAUCGUUCGCAAGACAACAGAGACAACACUAUUUCCGCGUUCAAGAACGGAUCGUUGAAGAUUCUUGUGACUACUGAUGUUCUAUCUCGUGGUAUCGACGUCGUCGAUUUGGAACGCGUCGUCAAUUUUGAUCUUCCGGAUGGAUCGGUCGAAACUGGAGUGGAUACAUUCAUCCAUCGAUCGGGACGUACUGGACGCAUGCACAAAGGAACUUGCCAUUCGUUCAUCAAUCCCGGAUUUGAUAAUGAUGUCCGGUUGGUGCCAAAGUUGAUCGAGCUCGUGAAGUCGACAGGAAACCCAGAUGAUCUUGCCAAGGUGCCAGAAUUCAUGUUGGAGCUGGCCAAGAGAGGCUCCAAUAUGCCAUCCGGAGGUGGGUUCAGAGGAGGACCCCGUCGUGAUGGAGGCGGUGGUGGAGGAUACGGAGGAGGAUACGGUGGAGCUUCUAGCAAAUCUGGAUUUGGUGGUGGAAGUAGUUCUAGCUUCGGAGGAAGCUCUGCAGGUGGAGGCUUUGGUGCAGGCAAAGCAGAAGGCGGAUUCGGCGCAUUCGGUGGAUCCUCGUCCGGUGGAUUCGGUGCCUCUUCUGCCGCCACUGGAAGCUUCGGUGGCAACGUCGGAGGAGGAUUUGGAGCGGCUCGCGCCGCAGCCACCGUGGAACCGGCUCGGGAAGAUGAUGCUUCUGCUCCAGAGGAGAAAGAGACUGGUGCCCUCGGAAGCACCACAUUCGGAUCCGGAGAAGUGGAAGAAAAGAAAGAUAAUGGUAAUGAAUCAUUAUGCAAAUCCACCACCGACGUUGCCGCCGACGAAUUCUCGUUUUCGAUGUUUUCAAAUGUAGUCGAUGAUCAGUUUUGA